ACACAUCGUAUCAUUUAGCCACAGCCAUUUUUAGCUGACCUUGUAAGCCAUUAUUUGGGGUCGAGUUAAAGAAACAAGAUGUUGUCUCUUCAUACUAUCCUUCUGUGUUCAUUAACAUUGCAAACCUCAGCUGAUCUAUUGUCAGAACAUUCCUUCUUCGCUCCUCUGGAUGAAGAUCAAAAUGUAAAAUUGUACUGGAACGUAAGCAUUGAAAGUAAAGAAAUAUUUUUCACCGUGGAAGCAAACACAACAGGAUGGAUAGGGUUUGGAAUCUCUAGUGGACAGGGAAAGAUGAAGGGAGCCGAUAUUGUAAUCGGUUGGGUAAAGGACGGUAAAUCAUAUUUCCAGGAUCGAUAUUCUAAUGGUUACUCAGUUCCAGAGGUGGAUAUCCAACAGAAUUAUACAUUGAUUUCACUUGAAGAGAGAAACGGAAAAACUGUUAUGAGUUUCAAAAGAAUGUUUGACACGUGUGAUCCACAGGACAACAAGAUUGAGGCUGGAACUACAAAAGUGAUUUAUGCCUACCACAUGGAUGACCCAACCUCAGAAGAAGAAAUAGCCCCGCACAAGAUAGGACACAAGGGAUCAAGGAGUCUGUUGUUGCUAAACAGCCUUGAAAAAAUACCGACCUUACCACCAGAUACUGAGACAUUCGAUAUACGACAUAACGAGACCGCUGUUCCAACUGAACGAACGAGCUACAUGUGCAGAACAUUUGAGAUUCCAAAAGUUAACGAAACGCAUCACAUUGUUAUGGUUGAGCCAGUAAUUCAAGCGGGUCAUGAGGGCAUCGUACAUCACAUGUUAUUGUACGAGUGUAGCGAUCACUACCCAACACAUCUCUUGAAUUAUACCGGCGCGUGUUAUAGCUCUAACAUGCCUCCCCCUGGGAGAGAGUGCGUAGGAGUAUCAACAAUUGCUGCAUGGGCUAUUGGUGGAAAGGAAUUUUAUUAUCCCGAGAAUGCUGGAUUUCCGAUAGGAAAAGCUGACAGCCCUAAAGUCGUCAUGUUAGAAAUACAUUAUGACAAUCCUGAGAAAAAAGAAGGACUGAAUGACAGCUCUGGCCUAAGGUUCUACCACACAAAGCAACUCAGACAGUAUGAUGCAGGGGUGCUGAUGGUUGGAGAGGGGGUUUCAAGUUCCAUGAUUAUCCCGCCAAAACAGAAUGCUUGGCAGUCGGAUGGGUUCUGCCUCAAAGAGUGCCUGAAGGAGGGAAUGAAAGACUCCAAACUGCCAAAAGGAGGAAUAAAUGUCUUUGCUGUUUUGUUGCAUACGCAUCUGGCGGGCCGCAAAACCUGGGUUCGUCACGUGAGAGGUGAUGUGGAGUUACGAGAAAUAGCUCGAGAUGAUCAUUAUGAUUUUAACUUUCAGGAGUAUCACUCAUUGAGGAAGGAGGUUCACAUUGCUUCGGGAGAUUCGUUGAUUAAUGUUUGCAUUUAUAACACUGAGGACCGACAAACAAAAACAGUGGGUGGACUUUCUACAACUGACGAAAUGUGCUUGUCAUUUCUGAUGUAUUAUCCCAAAGUUAACCUCACAAAGUGCGUGUCCGUGGACUACAGCGCUUACCAAUCAUGGGAAACGGCGUAUAACAAAGGUGGCGAUCAAACACAACUCAGCUUCUGGACAAACGCAGUCAACAAUGGCUUGAGGGAUGCUUACCAGGGUUCCAAGAAGGCGUUUGCAAUCUGCCAAGCGCGCGCGCAUCUACCAAUACAGGGCGUUGACAGGGAACAACAUUCAAAGCCAAUAAUCAAUAGUCCCUAUAAACCAGAAGUGGUUUGCCCUUCAGCACGACCGACAUCAACAAGACCGACGACUUCGAAAAACGUUGCCAUAGACAACAGAGGUGCUACAAGUUACCUACUGCUUCUCUCUACAUACAUAUACCUGGCAGCCUUUGCUGAACUCUAGAUCUCUUGGUACUUUGGCAGAAAAAACUUUGUUACCCGAAUUCGAGUAACAUAUCGCAUAAAGCCAAAUCAAAACGAGAUGACUGUAUUUGACAGCUUUAGAUGAUAUAUAUACGUAGUGUGCGUUAAUUAGUUCGGGACUGGACUGGUCAACAUUUAACGUCGGAGAGGAGGGGGGAGGAGAGGGAGGGAGAGGAUUCUGGUUGUGUCACAAUAAAAUUUACUGAUCCCCUAAAAGGUUCUGUAACAUUUAUAAUCCCUCUUAUUGGCAGUUAAUAUUGUCAGUCAUUUAUACCCCCCACCCCCUUCGCACUAUGUCGGAAACGACUUAUCCCCAAAGAAUCCUCCCUCCCGCCCCCCUCCCCCUGAGUGAUUAAAAGUGACUAGUUCCUUUCAAGUGAUAAAUAGCAGCGUUCAGCAUUUAGCAUUUAGCAUUCAGCAUUCAGCAUUCAGUAUUCAGCAUUCAGCAUUCAGCAUUCAGCAUUCAGCAUUCAGCAUUCAGCAUUCAGCAUUCAGCAUUCAGCAUUCAGCAUUUAACACUUAGCACUUACCAUUUAGCAUUUAGCAUUCAGCAUUUAGUUUUCAGUCUUCGGCGUUUAGCAUUUAGCAUUCAGCAUUCAGCAUUCAGCAUUCAGCAUUCAGCAUUCAGCAUUCAGCAUUCAGCAUUCAACAUUCAGCAUUCAGCAUUUAGCAUUCAGCAUUUAGAAUUCAGCAUUUAGCAUUUAGCAUUCAGCAUUCAGCAUUUAGCAUUCAGCAUUCAGCAUUCAGCAUUCAACAUUCAACAUUCAACAUUCAACAUUUAGCAUUUAGCAUUUAGCAUUUAGCAUUUAGCAUUCAGCAUUCAACAUUUAGCACUUACUAUUCAGCAUUCAGCAUUUAGCAUUCAGCAUUCAACAUAACUACAUUUACUCAGUAUUUUGAUAAAAAGUGGUCAGUUUUAAACGUACAAAGUUAACAAUCAACGCUCGCUUUUACAGCUCACGUAAUCUAACUUUUUUUUACUUUCGGUUACGAGCCUUUACCUCGUGAUAAGGCUGGGAAUAGUUUUUGAUAACUGCUACAAGUAAAAUUUAUACUUUUUGCUAUUUAUAACAUUAAGUUUAUUACCAUUCCGUCUAUCUUGUUGUCCCUGCCGUUUGUAUAAGUAUUUUUCAGUAAUCAAGCAUCAUGCACUUCUGCAGAAUGAGGUGGAGCUGAAGGGUAGACUUCUUCAGGCGUUCCACCCUCUCAGACCACGCAAAAUGAACUGCAGACACAAGCCUGCUUAGUAGCCAUGUAACCCAUUCCAGAUCCCGAAUGGUCAUCUUUACACAUAUUCAGACAAGGUGGCGAUUACUACUCCGUUUUUUCUUGUGGUGCAAAUUAAUUUACAGUUUAGCUCUUAUGAGUAACAAACUCCCUUGCCAGAGUUGCACUUAGUCACAAUGAAAUUUUUUAGAGUUC